UAUAAAAUGAGAAAUAAGCAAAUAUGAGUCAAUACCUUGUAUUGGUCAGGUAUUUAGUCCUUUAAUUCUAACUGUAAUAAGAAGUAGGCCUUUUCUUUUGAUCCUUUUAUAUAGACUAUUCAUUCACUACAUUUACUACAAAAAUGUGCUAUAGCAUGAUAUAUAUUAUCUGGUUAUGAAAUGAGCUAUAUCAAGAUAUGAGAUUUUGAGGAAAUAUUGCACUAUUUGGUUUCAAGUUUAUACAUAUGGUCAAACCUUUUGGUUUGUAUGAGUGAUUAAUUUAUCUUUCUCUUUCCCCCACAGAAAUUCAUGUGGCAGUGCAAACAGUGCAGGACAGCAGUGUCAACAAGGUUUCUACUAUUGAAGCAUUACAGAGUAAGAGUUGGAUUGGACCAGGAUGACAGACCCAUUAAAGCUGCGGAUUAUCCUGGGAGAAAACAAUUCCGAAAAAUUGUUCCUGCCUUUUGGAAUACCAGAGUCAGUAGACGACCUUAAACUUGAGAUCCAAAGACAAUGUGCAGUUGCAGAGGACUUCAGAUUGCAAUACAAGGACGCUGAUUUCGGCGAAUUUUUUAAUCUGAUCUCAACAGCAGAUCUCCAAAACUUAGGCACAGUUAAAGUGAUAAAAAAUGCGCAGGAAGGACCUAGUGUAGUGACUCUUUCAAGUGCAGGUAGUACUCUCUUUGUGGGAUCCAGCUCCUUUUCUUCUACGGACACCGAGAUACUCUCUUCUCCUGAGUCAACAUCCUCAACCUCGACAAUGAGAUCUCAAGCCUGGCCAGCAAGCUUCCCUAUACCACAGUUCUCUUAUGAAGUAGAGCUGCAACUGGUGAAGGCCAAUCAGGAAUAUACAAAAAAUGGCACUUUCCUGAACCCAAGCCCAAAACUUAAGUCCUCCAUUUUAGAGUCAUUGGCUUCUGAGAUAAUUAAGUACAAAGCUUACCCUAAUAGUGCAGAGUUCGAUGAUGUAGCAGAAGCUUUGAUUAAAAAGCAUGCAUGCCUAAAGGAGCAAGGUUCUGUCACUGGAUUUUAUGGUUGGAAGAUCAGUUUAAAGUACAAGAUGGCGAAUUAUCGCACUAGCCUAAGAAAUAUAACCUCUGAAUUGAGCAUCAAUUCCCUGAAACGCAGAGGAGGCGACACGCAUAGAAGUCCAAACCAAGUUAAAAAACCCAGGAGAGCCGAAGUAAACUACUUACCAGACUAUCCAGCCGGAGAAGACAAAGAGAGUAUGGAGAAAGAGAGGUUGGAACUACUAUCUGAGGUCAACAAGAGGGACAACCAUCAGAUAAUCAAAAUGAAGAUGGACAAAACCUUUGCCCACAGGAGGCAUGAGGUUGUAGUCGACAUGCCCUCCGUUGAAGAAUUCAAGAGCAGAUGGCCAACUCUUUUUUCUGAACGUGAGAUAUGCGCAGAAUUCACACGUAUUACCACCAUCGCACUGUUGUCCAAGUUUAUGUCAGAACUUGACCACCACUCUUCCAAGCUCUCCAGAGUUUGCCGUAAGAAGGGAGGUGCAGCAGGACGCAAGAUCGCAGAGAUCAUGGCUGUCAUUGAAGAAGUUUGUGAUUAG